GAUCAUCCAGAAGACAUAAAAACAACGGGAAGAUUCAGUUAUUUCAAUAUUUGGAAGAAUGCGGAUGAAACUUCUUUUUUUAUUUCUCAUGUCACUUAUGGCAUUUACCACAUCACAAUAUGAACCAUUAUCAGUAAUAUCAUCGUCUUGGUCAAUGUGGUCUCCGUGGUCAUUUUGUUCAAAUAAUUUAAUGAUUCGUGUUCGUGCUUGUUCGACAGUCCGUGGAUACAAAUGUCUCGGUCAUAAUAAGGAAUUUCAAUCCUGUAACUCUCCACCAAAGAGAAAUAGUUUGGAUUAUGAAGAUCCUGAGACAGCUGAUCGAGAAAUGGCAAUGAAACAAUUAUAUCAAGAUUAUGAACCAGAAAUUCCGGAUGAAGCAAAGUAUGCUCAAACUCGUGGAAAUCGAAAUUUUCACAUGAUAUCUCAAACUACUGCAAUGCCACCAGCUCCAAGAGCACCGACAUCUUCUCCAACUGUUUCCGCAUCGACAUCUGAUCAUUUCUCGGUGAUGAAUCGUGGUGGAACUGGUGUUGGAAUGAUGACUGAUGAGGAAGAAGAAUAUUUUGAUGAGACUGUAAAAAUGUCUCCACAAUCUCCAAAACCAACAUAUCCAUCUGUUCCAAGUACAUUUGAGUUUGAAAAGUAUCCAAAGAGCACUGAAGAACCAACAUCAACUCCUUCAACUUCAACAUCUACAACUACUACAACCACAACUUCAACGACGACGACGACGACAGAAGCUCCAACAACCACAACAACAAUUAAAACAACAACUGAAUCAAUUGAACCGAUUCCACAAACCGUAACCCCAAAUUCACCGAAAAUUGUCGAUCACGAGGCAUUUGUUGAGCCAGAAGAUGUGAAUUUCCGUGGAAAAUACACACUUGAAGAACCGCUUCCAGAAGUUUCCGUUCCAACAUUUGCGGCUCCACCGGGAACUCAGACACCCGAUUUUGAACUGGAAACUGAAUCAACUGAAACCCCAUCAACUCCAUCAUCGUUCCCAAUUGAUAUGGAUCCAGAAGACAGUACCGAUGGGUCCACACACAGUGUUGGCUCAUAUUCGAUUGGAAAAGAGCCAAUGUGGGGAGAAGAGCCGGUUCCACUGGCUUCAAACACCCAAGCACCGUCAAGAAAUAUGCCAACUUUUGCCAUUUCACCAAGCACUAGGCGACUUGGAGAAGUUAGACGAGCUCCUUCAACAGUGAAUACACAUAUUGAAAUGCCCAUGUCUAUGCUCCCAUUUGUACCAACUGCAGCUGAAGAACCUCAAACUACUAGUUUCGAAGUGGAAACAACUACAGAAAUUCCUCAACCAUCAUAUCUGCAAAACCCAAGAAUAGCUCUUGUCACAUCUCAACAGAACUUCCAACAUUUCCCAAAGCUCAUGAAUGAACAAAGAGCUUCACCAGGACCUUACUUUAGAACUGUUCCAAGUCCUUCCGAAUAUGAUGAACCCACAACAACCAAGAAACCAAAAAUAGUUACUGUUGAAAUUACAAAUAAACCAUUGAAGAAGAAGAGAAGAAAUAGAAGGUUGAAAAAAUUAAACAGACUGGGAAAAAUCAGAACAAUGGCAGUACUUCCAACAGAGUACACUAUUCCUGCUACUAAGCCAAUGAAACCAAUGCCAACUCCUGCCAAAUACGAGAUUCAAGAAGAAAAUUUUAUUGCUCCGAAGGCUACUGAACCUUCUGCCUCUGAACCCCAGCCAACAAGGGCUUCGGAAAAAGAUCGUCAAGUCUACGAGGAAAAUCGAGAGCUGGAAUCAAGAAUAGCUGCUCUAAGAAAUAAAGUGGAAAUGAACAGGAAAAUUCUAGCAACUAUGAAAAUACCAGAAGGGGUUGAGACACCAGUUGUCACAACAACUCAGAAACCAUUAAAAGCAUCUGAAGAUUUGAUGUUAGGAGGUGACACGGCUAGAGCACUUUCAUGGAUGAUUAAUGAUAUGGAAAGAAUGGUAGAUGAUAAAACAAAAACUGAAGUUUCUGAUCAAUUACCUGUCGAGAAAAUUGAAGAAGAACCAAUUGGAUUCAGGAUAGGAGAUUUUGAAUCCGAUGAAACAACAACUACAGUAAGCCCAUUCCCAUUCCCAAUUCCUGAAAAUGGAUUUGCUCUGAUUCGAUCCAAGCGUGAUGCUUCAACUCAAUUCAAAAAUGGAAAGAAAGUUAUCUGGUCUCCAUGGAGCGAGUGGACCAAGUGUCAAUGCGGCAAACAAUCUCGGAAACGAAAGUGUCUCAAAUAUCUUGGCGGUUCAAAGUAUGCGUACGAUGAUCAAAAGUUCAUUCCAAUUGACCAAUCUACAAACGAUAUUGAAUUUGGUGAACCAGCAGAAUUUCCAGAAGAACUUGAAGAACCAGCUCCGAUGGAUAGUCAAGAAUAUGAGAACUUAAAUCGAGUAAAAAGAUCACUAAAAUGCCCAUCACCUCAGAUUGAAGUUCAAUCAUGUUCUUCUUCUGUUUGCUAAUAUUAAUAUUUUUUAGAUCUGAAAAUUUUAAUUGCAUUCCUUGGAUUCUCAAAGCAUAUUUUCAAAUUUCAUUGUACAUCACUUCCAACAUCGCCCACUUUUUCUCUAAUAACAUAAUAAGACUUCUUCAGAUUUUCCAUCCGCUAGCAAUAUGGGUAUAACAUGAGACAUAACACACUAUUUUGUAAUCUGUCACGCUUUUAAAGAUCAUAUUUUCAUGUUUCUAUAUUUAUUUUCAAUUUGAAAUAAAUUUAUAA